GCAAAGAGACUCACUGUCACUGCAUCUUGAGAGGCACUAAGAGCUUCUCAAGAGGCGGUCGCUGAAAACAUGAAGAACCGCAAAGGGAAUGCAUCAACCAGGACGACAAAAGCGGAGAAACGUCCACUGAAAAGAAAGCAAAUGGUCAAUGAGGCCGACUCCGGAGAGGACGCCGAAGGGGUUGCUCCAAGGACUCUGUCGGAACAGACACAACCUUCCGCCGACACCCGUUAUGACGCCAUCGACACAACAAGGUGCUUCUUCUCGGAGUUCGAUGAGGAUAGGUUUGAGAAGAAGAAUCGGGAACACAUUCAAGUGGAUGUAACGAAGAUUUUGCCAAUUCCUGAAGGUGACAUCCUCUUCAACCAUAGAACAUUGGACGAAACGUUGGUGCAGUCCAUAUAUGAUGCGAUCCAGUAUACGGCUAAGGAAACCAACGGGAAGUGGGAUAUCAUGACUUUCAUCCUGGCUCCCAUUGUACCGAACGGGGACGGCUCUCAAGGCAGACGGAUCACACCGAAGGAAUUCGAUGUCGCCCUGACUCACACAUACCACCGGUAUGCUGUUGCUGGCCAGCACACAGCUGAGGCAAUGAACAGACUCAUUAAGGACAAGUCACCUGCCGAGAAAGUGUACGGCUUGAGGUCGUACUCUCACGUACGCGUUGUCUACUUUGACGAGGACAAAAAAAGAGGAUAUCCGUACGUCUCGACAUUCGACAACACGAGGGAGGAGCGUUCCAUCCCGAGAUUGUUUUCGUCGUCUAUGCGGCAAAUCAGAAGAUUUUGGGAUAAGAGGAACGACCGGAUCCGUCCUCCGGGCACCGUGUCCCCGAAUGACGUCGAGGAAAUGGAACAAAAAAAGAAGUGGGAAGCGUUCAUGAACGCCGCGUGCAAAAUGACACCUAAUUCCAGUCUCAUGAACUCGUCCCUGGAGAACGACUACUGCAAGGACAGGACGAACAAGAUACGCGAAUACAUGAAUCUUGCGCUGUGCGGCGAGACUGUAUGGCCACUGGUAGACAAAUUCUUUGGCAUGUACGAGAAAAGACUAUUGCCAAGAAUCGACGGUGUGAGAUACGUCGAUCUGCUGGGGAAAGUGGAAGGGAGGCUGCCUGGGCAAUACUUCCUCAAGGACAACUCCGACAAAAAAGUCAUGUACCAGUGCAUCAAGGCCAGAAAGGGGCCGCAAGGCGCAACGGUGUCUAUACUGGACUUGACGCCCUCAAUCUUUACGCUGUUUGGCGAUAUGACAGCGAGAGAGAAGCAAGUGGCACUGCACCACAUGAUGCGUGGUGAUGUCAUCGUGACAUCACGUACGGUACCUCGUGGUAGAUGCAACAUGGCGAACGUGGUAAAAUAUACUCGGUGUGAGAGAUAUAUGGUCCGUAUGUUCAACUACAUAUUGUUCAAGGUCGAGGGGAGGUCAAAGGAAGAGUGGAACGCUGACUUUUUCAUCGGUUAUACGACCAUCUUGGAAAGGUACAGCAAAAACGGCCUCACUGACGAUAAAUGGACCGAGGAACGCGACCGCAUCCCUGACGACAAGGCGAGGAAGGUAUCGAGGCGUUUGGGCGGUCCUGAUGAGAUUCAUGGCGGGAACGGUGCAAGGCUGGAGGCAACCUAAGUCAUGUACAAGGAGACCCUGUUCCACCUCAAGUGUUUCAUCU